CACUAGACAAGGAUAGAUGAAAAAUCAUGCCAUGAGAAAUGGUUGAACUAGCUAUCUGCUUACAAUUUUGUCUUCUUCAUCCUUAGAGGUGCUUGUGACAAAGAAAUAGUACUUGGUAAAUAUGCUAGUCAUGGAAUACAUCCUACAAUGUUCCUUGCACCCUCGAAACAGAGAAGGGUUCCCGUUCAACUACAUAUGUAAAUUGUUCAAGGUGCUUGAUGAGAGCUUACUCGAUUGGAGAAGAGCUCUGUCGAUGCUAGUGCGUUGGGAUUUUUGGGGUUAGCAAGCUUAGGUGUGUAGUUUAAUUGUUAUGGGUUUAGUGUUGGUAAUUCACGUAGUUGGGUCAUUAGUGCAUGUCUAGUAGUACGUAGGCUAGUAAGAAGAUUGGGCCAAGUAAUAUUGUAUGCCGAGUCGGCUAGGUUAGUAGGGUAAGGCUUUAGUUAGGGCUAUGUAUUAGGUUUAGUCGAUGUAAUCACACCAUUAAUCUGAAUCAUCGAAUAAUAAAGUUAAAAUUUAUCAACACAAACGUCGUUCUUUCGCUUGUUAGUUACAAGCAAAACUCUUGAAUUCGUGGGCUACGAGUUCAUCAGUGCUAACAAAAUCAACAUCCCCUCCAACCUUACAAGUUGCCAAGUCAAAACAUAAAAAAAUCUAGAAGAGUCAUUAUCCCCUGCCUUUGUCAUCAACAUCUGUGUGCAAAAAUCCACCAUGGUCAUCAAAAGUUUCUAACUCUUUUGUCAUUUUGGACUUAAUUGUCGUUUAUUUCUAUGUUAUGGAUUUCGAAUGUUACUUAAGGAUUUUUGAAACUAUUUGGAUGAUUUUAGGUGGGAGAUAUUAUUAGGGGUAGUUAUAGGUAAUUCAUAGGCUUAUAUAUAUUUUGCAUUAGUGGGGUUUUCUCAUUAAGCAAUAAUAGAUCAACUAUUCUCUAAAUAUAAUAUCUCUACUCUCUCAACCCAAAAUUCAUCCCUCUUCACCUCCCUUAGUCGUCGGCCCUCUCCUCUCCCAGGAGACUCGAUUUUUUUUUCAUCCCAAAAUUCUCUCUUCUUUCUCUCAUCAAGUCCCUAAUUCUGUUCCAAUUCUCAAUUACCUAACGACUCCCUCUAUCACGAACCCUAUACUACGCGGCUAGAUCUAUAACUCUUAUAAUGGUAUCAAAGUCUGGUUGGCGUAAGGUUCCUGAAGAUGACGAAUCCGACGGAUAAGCAGCCGGAGAAAGCCAUGAAGGAAGGCGUGGUCAAAUACAUGACCAAACACGAAUCGCUACUCAGGGUUUUGGAAAACAUAAUGGCUAUCGCGUCCAGGGCUGAAAUCACGAAGGGGGCUCGAUCAGGGCAUGGAUAUGAAUAUGAUGUGUGGUCGAGUCGAGGCUUCGAUCGCGCAACUGAGGUAGGACAUGAUUAAAGGGUUAGGGAAAAUCAUAACCGAUACUCUGGGGAUGGUGCUCGUUGAGGCCUUCGCGGCAAGAGACCAAUCGCAAAAUGAGCGAGGACUAGUGGCGAUGGGGCAUAUAGCGGAGCAGGUGGCUUUGAGUGGUGGGAACGAGUCGACGCCGACAGUGGAGGCAAAAGUGGUGGCAACGAAUGGUGAAGGAGGAGGAGCCUGGCUUGGGGUCUGGCGGCUGGAUGAAGUCUGCGACGACUCAAGCGGCUGAGUCCGGGUCGACAAUGGGGACCCGAUGGGUCUGGUGUUCAGCGGCUCGGGUCUCUUGUCCAAUCUGAUGGUCCAAGACGUCAUCGAGGUCUGUGGAAAGAAGAAAAAGGUCGGGAAUGAGGACAACCCGUAGCCAACUAGACCGCUUGUAGGAUGGCCAAUAUUGGCGGGUGGAUCGAGCUAUACCGCGUCGGGCCCAAUAUGGUAAGACGAAGAGAUGAGACUGGCAGGCCAAAGAGGCGUCUGAGCCGCCCCAGGCCCAUCAGAAGCUGGGAAGGGUUGGAUCUCCUACCCGGACCCAACUGGCCGCGGUGAACCAAAGCUGACAAGGAGGACCAGAAUUGGUCGGACCGACUCAGGUUGAAUUGGGCUGAAUCAGUAGUAGUGAGGGAUGACCUCUUGGGAGCUCUACGAAAUUUUAAAGGGCUCCCGAAUCUGCAUAUCCUCCGUGGGUAACUCUGCACAGUGAUAGAGAACAAGUGGGACGAGACAGGGAAGCAAGACAAGCGUUAGGGGUCAGGAACGGGGGCUAUGAUGUGAAUCAGGAAGAGGAGGGCAACUGGUCAUUUCCUCAGCAUCUAUGGCUGGACCGCGAGCGCAGCGGUAGCGCAAGCAGGAGCCACCCCUUGAGUGCAAGUAGGUAUGGACACUAUAACCCCUUGAGCGCAAGUAGGUAUGGACACUAUAACCCCUUAUAUGAUGGUGAAGAUGAAUUGGUGUUUAGGGUCAAUGCUCCGAUCAUAGAGUUCCAUAAAUUUGAUGGUCAUGGUGAUGCGGGAUCAGGGGUUAAGCUAGCUUGAGGCUCGAGGGGGGACCGGCCUCCUGGGAAUUUGACGAUCAUGUGUAAAUUGAUCGGAUUUUUCUGGAAAGAAAAUAAAAAUGAUAUAAUAACCAAACAGUAAGGUUUCAUUUUUGUGCGAUUUAGCCUAGCAGAUGGUGUGUGGUGUUGAUGUUGUGGGAUCGAUCCCCCAUAAGAGCAAUUUUGUACUUAUUUAUUUUCUCUCUUUCGUUUAAUUAUAUUUUAGCAUUCAAUCUAAUCACUUAACUUUCAUAUUUAUAAAUUCACAUUUUAAGAAUAUUUUUUCUUAAAAUUUAACCUAAUUACUUAACUUUCAUACUUCAUCUUUUAGAUACUCUAACUUCAAAGUUCAAACUAGAUAAGCUAAUUGCUUAUAAAUUCACAUUGUUAAG